CUUCUAGAUCUCCUAGUCGAUUAAUUGUUACUCCACACUGCACAGCUCGCACCACAAGCUCAAGACAUUCAUCGGGGACAAACAACACACAAAAAAGGAAAAGACGGAAGUGCAGUCGAAAGUUAAAUAGUUUUAUUUUGCUUUCAGUUUAACGGGUCUUAAUCUUAUUCUUAUAAGGGAGGAAGAGAUAAGACAGUUUUAAAAAUGGCCAUUCUAAGGAUUAUUGUUCUGUGUUUAGCUAUUGGAAUGACAGUGGCACAACAUCCGAAGCGAGUAUUCCCAUCCAGAGGGGGCCCAGUACCGAUUAAAGCUCCCGUAGAGGUCGAGGACGAGGAACAUCCAAGGGCGCCCACAGAUAAAAAUUGCCCCGAGCCGAAUGGUUUCUUCCCAGACUCGGAGCAGUGUGAUAAAUAUUAUGCGUGCACUGAUGGUAAAUUUGAAGCGAGAUUGUGCCCAGAUGGUAUGGUUUUCAACGAUUACAGUCCAGAUCAGGAGAAGUGUGAUUUGCCCUACAAUAUUGACUGUUCCAAGAGGCCAGAACGACAAACGCCCAUUCCCAGCCAGAAUUGUCCACGCAAAAAUGGCUACUUCGGACACAAGAACCAGAACAUAUGCGAUACAUUCUACUACUGUGUGGAUGGCCAGUUCAAUAUGAUAACUUGUCCAUCGGGCUUGGUAUUUAACCCUAAAACCGGCAUCUGCACCUGGGCCGAUGAGGCUGGCAGGCAGGGUUGCUCUUCAGAAGACGUAUUCGAAUUCACUUGCCCUAAAGUAAAUGAAACCGAAGCAGUAACACAUCCACGUUAUGCCGAUCCAGAUGACUGCCAGUACUUUUAUGUGUGCAUUAAUGGAGAAACUCCACGCCGAAACGGUUGCAAAUUGGGUCAGGUGUUUGACGAAAGCAAUAAACUUUGCGAUUGGGCUCGAAAGGUUCCCGAUUGUGCUGAUUGGUACAAGGAUCGUUUGACUGAUGCCCAACUUGACGAACUGGAAAAUCCAAAACCAAAAGCAAAACCAAAAGAAUCCAGCCGUCCAAAGGGUUCACAAAGGAAACGAUUACCAAGGCCAACAAAGCCCCCAGUAGAUGAGGACGCUGAGUAAAGUGAAGAAGGAAAGACCCGACUUCUAUACACAACGAUAUACAAGACCUUAAAAUUGUUUGUGUGCGUGCGCGUUGUUGUAGGUAAUGCAGUUUUUAUGUUCACUUUGGCAGGAAUUGAAGGAAAUAUAUGUUUUGUAUAUUUUAUGCCUGAUUUUUUUGUAUUUUAAUAAAACAGAAUGAAAAGAAUGAAAGAAAACACAAUCAAA